AUGGACCUUUUCAACACAAGCGGGUUCCCUGACUGCGACGUAGACACAAUCAUUCAAACUGAGAUGCAGUACAGCAACGGAACUCUCGAUUUCCAGCUUGACGACGCCCAGUACAAUGGGGCAUCGGGUUACCACGCCAACGACCCCACGCUCACCUCCGUGUCGCUAGGCCCCGGAAAAUGCACGCAUGCAACAGUACCGAACGGGAUCGGGCGCAUGGUGACUCGUGAAAAGAAUAACGUUCGCCUGUUUGUUUUGUCCCCCUUUCCCCAUCGAUCUCAUGUUCAAAACCAUGUCUUGUCACCACAUCAUCGCAACUCUGACUACUACGUCUUUGGGUAG